AUGGCAAAAUCUGCUUACUAUAUAAAAUCAAAGGAUGGUGGUGUGUAUCAGAUGAGCACAUUGUUAUAUGAUACUAAGUUUAAAGUUGAUGAGGAGACAACAAUGGCCAUGGCUUGGAUUUCUUUCCCGAAUCUACUACCAACAUUCUUUGUGAAGAAUGGCUUGUUUUCACUUACCUCAGUAGUGGGCAAGCCUUGGCAUUUAGAUAUGGCCACCAUUAAUAAGACUAGGUCUUAUUGUGCUAGAGUCAAAGUCUUAGUUGAUCUUGGUGUUAAAUUGCCAAAGGUUGUUAACAUGAAGAUUACAGAUGAAAAGAAUGGGAAGUCUCGAUUGGUUAAGGUGCAAAUCCAAUAUGAUGUUUUGUCAAAGUAUUGUAAAAAGUGCAAGCUACAAGGUCAUAAUGAAGAGGGAUGUAGAAUUAUACAUCUUGAACUUAGAAGAACUGUAGUUGAGGAGGCAGAAGUGGAAGGUGAAGCCGAGGUUCAAAAACCAGUAGAUAUAGGAAAUUUCGAAAACAGGAAUUAUAGGAGGCCAGCAACAAUUUUGUCUAGUGGGAAAGUAGUUGGAGAUCCAGAUGCACCUUGGUUGGUUGGAGAAGAUUUUAAUGUUGUUCUUAAUGAAGAUGAGAAGAUAGGUGGAAAUCCUGUAAUUCCACAAGAUUAUGAGGAUUUUGUAUUUUGUAGCAAUUCAUGUGAACUGUUGGAAAUUGCUUUUAAAGAGAGUCCUUUUACUUGGUGGAAUGGAAGGGCAGGUGAUGAUUGUAUCGAAAGGUUGGAUAGAGUUGUCAUUAACUCACUGUUGCAGCAAUGGUUUGGUAACAUAGAAGUGGAGCAUUUGUCCAGGACUGGAUCAGAUCACGCCCCUCUCCUCAUUACUCUUGGAACUCAUGCUCCAAACUUUAGGUUCUUGAAACUUUGGAUAGAACACCCCUCCUUUUUGGAUACUGUUAAAGCAACUGGGCCUGAAGAGAGUGAUAGUAAUCCUUUUUUGAGUUUUACAAAAAAUAUCAACCAGAUAAAAGGAGCUUUGUCAGUAUGGAGUAAGGAAGCUUUUGGUGACAUUUUCAAGCAACUUAUCAUUAUGGAGGAUAUUUUGAGAAUUAAAGAGCAACUCUUUGAAGAAGAACCUACAGUGGAGAAUAGAACUGUCCUACAAUUAGCACAAGCUGAAAUGAAGAGAUAUCUGCAUAAUGAAGAAGAAUUUUGGAGGCAAAAAUCUGGUUAUACAUGGUUUACAGAAGAAACUGAAGAAAAUAUAGCAGAUGGGGUACUCAACUUCUUUCAUAAUCAGUUUGCACAAAAGGGAUCUAAUUAUGACUUUAGCAUGCUCAAGCACAUUCCUAGAUUGGUGUCUGAUGAAUGCAAUGAUCAGUUGUGUGCCUUGCCUAUAUUUGAAGAGGUAAAAAGAGUAGUAUUUGAGCUUAAGGGUGACAGUGCUUGUGGUCUAGAUGGAAUUUCAGGUACAUUAUGUCGUGCAAGUUGGGAUAUAAUAGGUGUGGAUGUCUUUAGGCCUAUCAGCUUAAGAAAUUUUAUCAAUAAGGUGAUUUCAAGAGUGGUACAUGGGAGGCUUGAUAGUAUUUUAUCACAGUUGAUAUCCAGUAAUCAAUCAGGUUUUGUUAAAGGAAGAACUAUUAGUGAAAAUGUAUUAUUUACACAAGAACUAGUGACUGAUAUUAGGAAGAGAGGAAGACCUGCAAAUGUUGUUAUAAAGAGAAUAUGUGGAUCAGAAUUGGAGAUUGUUAGCCAACAAUUAGUAUUCUGUAUUGUUGAAUGGUCAAUCUUUGGCUUCUUUCAUCCUACUAGAGGAGUAAAGCAAGGUGAUCCACUGUCACCUGCUUUAUUUGUACUAGAUGUAGAAGUUUCUUUAGAGAUGAUUAUGUCUGUAUUGAAGGAAUAUGAGAAGGUGUCAGGGCAGUUGAUUAAUAGGUUUAAAAUUUCUUUCUAUAUGCAUCAGAAUACAGCAGCUUCUUUGUUUCAACAGGUUGAAAACAUUACUGGAUUUUCUAGAGGUGGCCUAGGAUUCAGAUCUUUAUUUAAUGAGUCUAAGGUCUUGUUUGCAAAGAUGUGGUGGAGGUUCAGAAUAGAAGGGACUAUAUGGGCCACUUAUAUGUGGAACAAGUAUUGUAAAAGGAAAAUUCCAACUCUGGUACAAUGGAAAGGAGGCUCACAACUUUGGAAAAACAUGUUGGAGGCCAGAGAUGCAAUUGAACAGGAUAUAUGGUGGAAACCAAGAGAUGGCUCAGCCAACUUUUGGUAUAAUAAUUGGACCAAACUAGGUCCUUUAGCUGAUCUCAUGCCUUCAAAUUUCCCUAUAAAUGACAAUAUACAAGAGGUGAAGGAUGUGAUGAUUAAUGACAAGUGGAAUGUUCAGAAACUACAACAAACUGUGCCUGAAGAUGUAGCAGAGCAUAUUACAAGAAAAUGUUGGAGAGAUGAAGUUACACUAACAUACACAAGCCUUGGUGGCUACCUACUAGUAGUGGCCAGUUUACAGUGGGGAGUGCAUGGGAGAAACUAA